GGGUGCAAUCCCAUAGUCCGGUGUUGACACCACUCCGGAGGCGCUGUGAGCUUUGCUGAACUGGGAGGGCGACCCGGCCGUGGUCGGAGGCCUCUGCCCGCCAUCAGCAUGACCUCAGGCCCCGGGAUGGCUCUCCUGAUCCCCAUCAUCAACCUUGUCUCCUUGCUGCUGAUUGGCUGUGCCACCGAAAGUCCCCCAGAGUUCAUCAAGAACCCCAUGGACCAGAUUGGCGUCUCGGGAGGGGUGGCGUCCUUCGUGUGCCAAGCGACGGGAGACCCAAAGCCCAGGGUCACGUGGAACAAGAAGGGAAAGAAGGUGAAUUCGCAGCGGUUUGAGACAAUUGAGUUUGACGAAGGUGCCGGUGCCGUCUUGAGGAUCCAGCCUCUCCGCACCCCCAGGGACGAAAAUGUUUAUGAGUGCGUGGCCCAGAACUCCGUGGCAGAAAUCACCGUCAACGCCAAACUCACCGUCCUCAGAGAAGACCAGUUGCCUCCUGGCUUCCCAGUCAUUGACAUGGGACCCCAGCUGAAGGUGGUAGAACGUACACGGACCGCUACCAUGCUGUGCGCGGCUAGCGGUAACCCUGAUCCGGAGAUCACGUGGUUUAAAGACUUCUUGCCUGUCGACCCCAGUGCUAGCAACGGAAGGAUAAAGCAACUGAGAUCAGGUGGCCUUCAGAUCGAAAGCAGCGAAGAGACCGACCAGGGGAAGUAUGAGUGUGUGGCCAGCAACAGCGCCGGAGUGCGCUACUCGUCACCCGCUAACCUAUAUGUGAGAGUACGCCGCGUGGCUCCCCGGUUUUCCAUCCCGCCCUCCAGCCACGAGAUCAUGCCCGGGGGAAACGUGAACAUAACUUGCGUAGCCGUCGGAUCGCCCAUGCCGUACGUCAAAUGGAUGCAGGGGGCGGAAGACUUGACCCCCGAGGACGACAUGCCGGUCGGCAGGAACGUCCUUGAACUCACGGACGUGAAGGAUUCAGCCAACUACACCUGUGUGGCCAUGUCCAGCCUGGGCGUGAUUGAAGCCGUUGCACAAAUCACAGUGAAAUCACUCCCCAAGCCUCCAGGGACGCCCAUCGUGACGGAGACCACUGCAACCAGUAUAACCAUCACCUGGGACUCGGGGAACCCCGACCCCGUGUCCUAUUACGUCAUCGAGUACAAGUCAAAGAGCCAAGAUGGUCCGUACCAAAUCAAAGAGGACAUCACCACCACGCGUUACAGCAUCGGGGGGCUCAGCCCCAACUCCGAGUACGAAAUCUGGGUGUCGGCGGUCAACACGAUUGGACAGGGCUCCCCCAGCGACUCCGUGGUGACCCGCACCGGAGAGCAGGCGCCCGCCAGCGCCCCUCGGAACGUCCAGGGGCGGAUGCUGAGCGCCUCGACCAUGAUCAUUCAGUGGGAAGACCCCGUGGAACCCAAUGGCCAGAUCCGCGGCUACCGAGUCUACUACACCAUGGAGCCGGACCAGCCCGUCAGCAACUGGCAGAAGCACAACGUGGAUGACAGCCUCUUGACCACCGUUAGCAGCCUCCUAGAGCAAGAAACCUACACCGUGCGGGUCCUGGCCUUCACUUCCGUGGGGGACGGGCCGCUCUCGGAUCCCAUCCAAGUGAAGACGCAACAAGGAGUUCCUGGGCAACCCAUGAAUUUCAGAGCUGAAGCUAAGAGUGAAAGCAGUAUCCUGUUGACCUGGAGUCCCCCUCGCCAGGACAUUAUAUUGAAGUACGAGCUCCUUUACAAAGAAGUCACCAACAAGCAGGGAACACCAGAGUUUUUGAAGACCUUUGACCCUGUGACCUCGUACACUGUGAGAGACCUGACGCCCAACACAGAGUAUGUCUUCCAGUUGGCCGCUCGCUCUUCGUUUGGUCUUGGGGCCCCCACCCCGGAGGUCAGAGAACGCACACGGCAGUCUAAACCGUCUGCCCCCCCUCAAGACGUAAAAUGUGUCAGCACCAGAUCCACGGCCAUUCUGGUAAGUUGGCGGCCACCUCCAGCCGAAAGCCAAAAUGGCGUCUUGGAUAGAUAUAGCGUCCGCUAUCGAGCCCUGGACACGGAGGACACGGAGCCGAAAGUGGUCAACGACAUUCCCCCAACAACCAACCAGAUCCUCUUGGAAGCACUGGAGAAGUGGACGGAAUACCGCAUCACCGUGGUGGCACACACAAUGAUGGGGCCAGGCCCUGAAAGUUUGCCGGUCGUCGUCCGUACUGACGAGGAUGUGCCUAGCGCCCCACCUCGCAAGGUGGAAGUAGAGGUUCUGAAUUCGACGGCCAUCCAAGUGUUCUGGCGUUCGCCGGUCCAGAACCGCCAACAUGGACAGAUUCGGGGCUACCAAGUCCACUACGUACGCAUGGAGAACGGGGAGGCGAACGGUUUGCCCCAGAUCAAGGAUGUGAUGCUGGCUGACGCUCAGUGGGAAACCGAUGACACUGCAGAAUACGAAAUGAUCAUCGCUGGGCUGCAGCCGGAGACCGCCUACUCCAUCACGGUAGCCGCCUAUACGAUGAAAGGGGAUGGCGCCCGGAGCAAACCUAAGCUGGUUGUGACCAAGGGGGCAGUCCCCGGAAAACCAAUCCUGUCCGUCCACCCGACUCAAGAAAAUGCCCUCCUGGUCAAAUGGGAACCUCCUCUAGACGCCGAGGGCCAGGUACUGGGUUACCGCCUGCAGUUCGGCCGCAAAGACAUCGCCCCGCUGUCCACGCUGGAAUUCGCGGCCCAAGAGGAGAAGUAUGCCGCGGCCAACAUCCACAAAGGCGCCACGUACGUCUUCAAGCUGGCCGUGAAAAGCCGGGCCGGCUUCGGCGAGGAGGCCCUCCAAGAGAUCGCCAUCCCGGAAGACGUGCCCAAGGGCUACCCUCAGAUCCUUGAGGCCAGCAACGUCACGUCCAAAUCCGUGCAGUUCAACUGGCUGCCCCCGGUUCUGGCCGAGAGGAAUGGGGUGAUCGUCAAGUACACUGUGGCGUACUGGGAGGCCUCCGCUUCCGGGAACCCCCAGGAAAAAGAGCUUUCCCCGUCUCCCGAGAACUCGUACACCCUGAACGGUCUGAAGCCCAACACCGCCUAUGAAGUUAAGAUCCGCGCCCACACCAGUAAAGGUCCCGGGCCCUUCAGCCCAACUGUCCAUUACAGGACUUUCCUUCUGGACCAAGUUUUCCCCAAAAACUUCAAAGUGAAGAUGGUCACCAAGACCUCAGUUCUUCUAGGCUGGGAGUUCCCUGAAAACUACAACUCUCCUAUUCCGUACAAGAUCAAACACGAGAACAUCGGCCAGGAAAUUGAAGUAGACGGACGCACGACCAAGAAGCUCAUCACCCACCUGAAGCCCCAGACGUUAUACAGGUUCUCCCUGACUGGCCGGAAAGGCGACAAGGGAGACCUCCAGCAGCAAGUGGAGGUUUCGACUGCUGCCAACAUGUUGGGCAAGAAACCGGAAAUCUCCUACCGGCACGACAUGGACGGCAGCGUGGUGAUUACCCUGCCGGAAGUGAAAGGCUCAGACGCGAUGGCACAGGCGUAUUAUAUUGUGGUCGUCCCCCUGAAGAAAUCCAGAAGUGGCCAGUUCCAGAACCCGUACAGCAGUCCCGAAGAAAUGGACUUGGAAGAGCUGAUACAAGAGAUCUCUCGGUUGCAACGCCGCAGUCUCCGCCAUUCCCGCCAACUGGACCUCCACAAGCCGUACAUCGCCGCCCGCUUCCUGUCCUUGCCCUCCUUCUUCGUCCUGGGAGACAUGAAGCGUUACGAGGGAUUCGAGAACAAAGCCCUGGAAGCCGGGCAGAAAUACGUGGUUUUUGUCUUGGCGGUGCUGCGCAGCAACGAAGCUGUGUAUGCCGCCAGCCCGUUCUCUGAGCCGAUCCAGAUGGACAACUCAGAUCCACAGCCAAAGAUUGAAGGAGAGGAAGGCCUCAUUUGGGUUAUCGGUCCGGUCUUAGCCGUGGUCUUUAUUAUCUGCAUUGUCAUUGCUAUCCUUCUGUACAAAAACAAGCCAGACAGCAAAAGGAAAGACUCCGAGCCGCGGAUCAAGUGCCUGCUGAACAACGCCGAGAUCACCGCGCAUCACCCCAAGGAUCCGGUGGAGAUGAGGCGCAUCAACUUCCAGACGCCAGAUUCUGGCCUCAGCAGCCCUCUCAGUGACCCUGAGUUUGACCUUGAAAGCAUGCUCAACCACCCACCGAUCCCCAUUUCGGAACUGGCGGACCACACGGACCACCUCAAAGCCAACGACAAUCUCAAACUAUCUCAGGAAUACGAGUCCAUUGAUCCAGGUCAGCAGUUCACUUGGGAACACUCCAACCUUGAGGUCAACAAACCGAAGAACCGCUAUGCCAACGUGAUUGCCUACGACCACUCCCGGGUCAUCCUGCUGCCUAUCGAAGGGAUCGUGGGAAGUGACUACAUCAACGCCAACUACAUCGACGGCUACCGGAAGCAGAACGCCUACAUCGCCACGCAGGGGCCGCUGCCGGAGACCUUCGGGGACUUCUGGCGGAUGGUGUGGGAGCAGCGCUCGGCCACGGUGGUGAUGAUGACCAAGCUGGAGGAGAAAUCCCGGAUAAAGUGUGACCAGUACUGGCCAGGCCGGGGGACGGAGACCUAUGGAAUGAUCCAAGUCACUUUGCUGGACACGAUUGAGCUGGCCACGUUUUGCGUCCGCACCUUCUCCCUCCACAAGAACGGUUCCAGCGAGAAACGCGAGGUCCGUCAGUUCCAAUUCACAGCCUGGCCGGAUCAUGGUGUCCCCGAAUACCCGACUCCAUUCCUGGCCUUCCUCAGGAGAGUGAAAACUUGCAACCCGCCCGACGCGGGGCCCAUUGUCGUACACUGCAGCGCCGGAGUGGGCCGUACGGGCUGCUUCAUCGUGAUCGACGCCAUGCUGGAGAGGAUCAAACAUGAGAAGACGGUGGACAUUUACGGGCAUGUCACGCUCAUGCGCUCGCAGCGGAACUACAUGGUGCAGACGGAGGACCAGUACAGCUUCAUCCACGACUCCUUGCUGGAAGCCGUCGCCUGUGGAAACACGGAGGUUCCCGCUCGGAAUCUGUACACCUACAUCCAGAAGUUGGCGCAGAUAGAAGUGGGGGAGCACGUCACGGGCAUGGAGCUGGAGUUCAAGCGGCUCGCCAACUCCAAAGCCCACACCUCCCGGUUCAUCAGCGCCAACCUCCCCUGCAACAAAUUCAAGAACCGUCUUGUCAACAUCAUGCCAUACGAGACCACGCGGGUUUGCCUUCAGCCUAUCCGAGGCGUCGAGGGCUCCGACUACAUCAACGCCAGCUUCAUUGACGGAUACAGGCAACAGAAAGCCUACAUCGCCACCCAGGGACCGCUGGCUGAGACCACGGAGGACUUCUGGCGCAUGCUUUGGGAGAACAAUUCCACCAUCGUGGUGAUGUUGACUAAACUGCGAGAGAUGGGUCGGGAAAAGUGCCAUCAGUACUGGCCCGCCGAGAGGUCCGCCCGGUACCAGUACUUCGUGGUGGACCCCAUGGCGGAGUACAACAUGCCUCAGUACAUCCUCCGUGAAUUCAAGGUCACCGACGCCAGGGAUGGCCAGUCGCGGACCGUGCGCCAAUUCCAGUUCACCGACUGGCCGGAGCAGGGCGUGCCGAAAUCCGGCGAAGGGUUUAUCGAUUUCAUCGGGCAGGUGCACAAAACCAAGGAGCAGUUCGGGCAAGACGGGCCAAUCUCCGUCCACUGCAGUGCCGGAGUGGGCAGGACCGGCGUCUUCAUCACGCUGAGCAUCGUGCUGGAGAGGAUGCGCUACGAGGGAGUCGUGGAUAUCUUCCAGACGGUGAAGAUGUUGCGGACGCAAAGACCUGCCAUGGUGCAGACGGAGGACGAGUAUCAGUUCUGUUACCAAGCCGCGCUUGAGUACUUGGGAAGCUUUGAUCACUAUGCAACAUAAACAAAAACGAAAUAAACCCAACGAGUAAAAAAAGAAAGAAAAAGCCAUCUGUCGUGCGGACUCCUACCACUUAAAAGUCGCGGAGGGCCCCUUUCGAGCUGUGAGAGGCGUGCGUUGACUUUUAUAAAAAAACUACAGACUGAAUUGAGAAGGGAAAAAAAACGUUACCUUCCCCAACAUCACCCCCAUUUUGGAUGCUACCGUGGGGACAGCGCAGUGAGCAGAGAGCUGAUCAACAAACGCCCCUUC